GAUUAAGUUCUUCCAUAUAUAAUUCUUGUUCAUACUACGUGUAGUCAGUUUAGUGAGUGAAGACGUUAACAUUUUUUAAUCCAGCUGGACAAGAAUUAUAGACCCCACGCAAUGAAAACCACACUGCUUUUAGCGGUGGCAAUAGCAGUUGCUGCCGCUUCUCCAAGCGGGUUGUACCAUCAGGAGUACAACUACAAAACUUCUUCCUCCUCCUUCAAGAACAACGAGCUGCAGCAUAAAACUGAGGACCAGGGCUACUAUAGUAAAGCUGGAGACUUGGAGGGCCGAGUUAAGCCCAAAGUGAGCUCGAACAGCGAACAUUCCGAGUAUGUGAAUCCAAAUAGGAGGGAAUCUGGAAAUGCUGGUUACUAUGAUGGCAAUGCCGACUUAAUAUCCCACGGCAAUUUGUUGGCAAACAGUUACGGCGCAAGCGUAGGCGGCCAAGUAUCCUCUGGAUACCAAUCCGGAAGCUUGGGCUUCGGAGGCUCCCAUUACAACGAUCUGGAAUCCGAAGGUCUGGCGGCGUCCAAUUACCAAACGGGCAACAAAUUCUCCGGCUCCUCAUUCCAGGCAGGCUCUGAGUCGUCAUUUGAGUCGUCCAACCUUCGCACCAUCGCCUCCCGGCUUCAGAACGACCUGAGAAACGAGCUCGAAUCCGCUCUGAGACUGUCUCGCAACUAUGAUGUGGGGUUGCUGGAAAGUGAGCUGCACAGAAACUUAACUGCCAGACUUAAUGAAAUGCUCCAGGAGAGGUUUGGUUUUCAAACCAUCCGAGGCGGACAGUCCUACUCGCUCAUUGAUGGCGGCAGAUUGCAGGCCAGUCCUAACUACAACCAGGCGCAGCUUGAUCAGCUGCAAAGACAAAUCGAAAGCAGCUUGCUGGAGACCAUUCGCAGGGAACAGUCUUAUCGGUCCUCUCAAUCCCGCCAGCAGUCAGUCACCUCCAGGAACUACGACCGCUAUGAAGUUACAACCACCUACAGACCUGCAGUAACAUACAGGCCUACUGUAUACAGGCCGGUGUACCCCAACUUGAACUCCAUCUCUCAAGAAAGAUAUCCAAACACCCAAUACGGAGGGUCUCAGUAUUCGGAAUUUGAGUCCAGCAGACAGGUCGAGUUCUCUCAAGCACCAAGCGCAACGUCCGUUACAACCAUUGCGACCAAUGUCCAGAACAAUUUGAACAACGAGCUGAACAGGCUGCUGGAAAGCGCCCAGAGGCAGUACUUUUCCGAAAACUCCCGUUUCUCUUCAGUCAACACUGGACAAGUUCUGAACAACUUGAAGCAAGAGCUGCGCCAGAACUUAACCUACUCUCUGGAUGAAGAGCUGCGAAGACACUUCGGAACCCAGUAUGAGAAGAACGGGCACAUGUUCAGCACUGGGGAGACCACUCAGUACAACUACAAUGUUGCUGACUUGGAGAACCUGCGCAGACAAGUAGAGACUAACCUGAUUGAGAAGCUGACCAGGGACUUUGAGCGCGCCAAGCAACACUGGAUAACUAUCCAGCAGCAGCAACAGCAGCAGCGGCUGCAGCAGCAGAACUACCAAACACAACAAGCACAAAAUGAAUUUUCUGAGUUGAACAUGGGAAGUUCCAGCAACCAGCAGCAAUACAACCAGUACACCACCUCCCGAUAUGACUCAGACUACUACCGCCCCACAGCCGCCUCAAUAGUCCCCAUAAUCAGCCAGGGCAUUAAAGGGGGGCAUCAAUACGAUCUCUCCUCCCAGUCUGAGUUCAGUAGCCACGGCUCAAGCAGCAACAUGGCCCAGCUGGAAAGGCAACUGCAGUCGGAUCUGAGCAGCCAAUUGCAGGCGGCUCUGAGCCAAAAUGUAGCCCACCUUGGCAGGUACCCGUCAUCGUCCAGAGGCCAGGCUGGUUUUGAGGAAGCCUACAGGAGACUGUCUGAGGAGCUUCAGAGGAACUUGACGCAGCAGCUUCAGAGCUUCGUGAGCGGCAGCAGCGGCUAUUCCAGUUCGUAUGGCAGCGUCAACGAAAACCAACUGGCUCAGCUGCGCUCGCAGCUGCAAAACAGUCUGGCUUCUCAGCUGCAGCAAGGCCUGCAGCAGUCCUACAGCUCGUCGGCUUCGUUCAGUGCUUCAGCCGGCAGCAGCGCUAGCGCUGGAGCUGGAGCCUACAGCAGCAGCUCUGGGGACUAUUACAGAGGCACUAGAGGCUCUGGAAAUGGUGCAGAGUUCUUUGGGUCGUACAUGCCAAUGGAUCAGCUGCGCCAGCCGGACGACUGCCAGCAGGGUUAUGCACCUUUUCGUGCAAAAAGGAGCUACGGAUAUCGCAGCCAGCCCUUAGGAAUCUCUUCGCAGACAGGGGUUAGGUAUAAUUCCAGAGGAGUAUACGGUGGAUCAUCUGGAUACGGCCAAUCUCAGCCACUGGGCCAAGAGACGGACGACUCCGAACUAAUGCAGCCCUUCCAAUCUUCCAACCUAAACACGGAAAACCUUGGCCAGGAAAUCGACGACGAUGACACCCAGCAAAUCGUAGUUGAUCCAGGCUUUGGCCAAUUUCCAGUAUCUGGAAAUCAGCGCCAAAGGGAAGAUCUGGAUGACACCCAGCAGGUGCAAGUAGACCACGGCUUCAGCUCUAUAGGACUGGGCAGUCAAAGCAGCCAGAGUGGAUAUCAAGGAAGAAACAGGCCAGCUCAAAGCUCCAAUCAGAACCAACUGGAAGCCAUCCAUCAGAAGCCUUUGCAAGUAGCGCCUAUUGCAGUUGGGCAGGAAGAGGACGACUCAGACGACACUCAGCAAGUGGAAGUUGACCACGGCUUUAGCUCAAUAGGGCUGGGAAGCCAGGGAUAUCAACCAGGGAUAUCAAGACCCAGACCAACUGUUCAGGCACCUCAGGCUCAAGUGCAAGUUGAGAACGAUUUCAGUUCCAUUGGACUGGGAGGUCAACGAGUGGCAACCGGAUACCAAGGAGGAAUCCGACCAGUUCAAGCCUCUAACUUGAACCAACGGCCUUUAUCUCAAGCAACAGCGGCAGGAGGCUCAAUUCCCAAGCAGAACGAGAUCGGACAACUGGAAGAUGACUCAGAUGAUACCCAACAAGUGCAAGUUGAGCACGACUUCGGGUCUAUUGGACUGGGGAGCCAAAGAGUGGAAACCGGGUACCAGGGGAGCCUGAGGCCAGCCCAAGGCUCCAGCUUGAGCCCGAAGCCUUUCUCUCAAGUAACAGAGGCAGGAAGUGCCGCAAACAGUUUAAACCCCCAGCGCAGCGAUAUUGGACAAGUGAAGGAUGACUCAGAUGAUACUCAACAAGCGCAGGUUGACAAUGUGUUUGUGGGAGUAGGAACUGGCUACCAAUCGAGCCCCAGACCAGCUCUCAGGCCUUAUCCCAGAGGCCCUGAAAGAGACUUUGCUCCCCCUGACGACCAGCGUGAAGUUAAUUGGGCCCUUGCUGGGCAAGCGCCAAGCGAAAAUGGACCUUCAGCUAACGGAGAAAAGGACCGGAAUUUUGGGACAGUUGGAUCAAUAGAGGCCAGCCAUAGCCACUCGCAGCACUCAAGCCGACAUCAUCAAUACAAUCAUCAGUCAUGGUAUCCUAGACGUGAAUACCUGAGGCCUCAGAACGUGAAUUAUUCUCCUCUUCAGACCAAUGGCAGCCCCCAAUCGCCGCCAAAAGGGGAACCUUUAGGUCCAGUAGCGGGAACUUUGGAUAACAAAAGGGAGGCAACCACGCCACAGGCUUUGAACCCGGGAAAUUUAGGACAAGAGAGGGAUUACUAUGACACUGAUAUUCUUGGAAGCCCUCAAUCGACGCCAAAGGUGCAACCCUUGGGUCCAGUAGCAGGAAAUCUGGAUAACAAAAGGGAGGCCACCACGCCACAGGCUGUGAACCCUGGAAAUUUAGGGCAGGAAAGUGAUUACUACGACACUGGUGUACAGAUUAACCAGGUGUUCCCCUCGUCGCCUAGACCAAGUCUGUUUGGAGGCAGCUUGCAAACUCCCUCUACCCCUAGAAGUAUCCAGGGCCUCCAAUAUGGCACGCAAAACAACCUGCCUGAACCUGAGACAGUUUUGCCUUUGGAAAGUGGCACUGGAGGGUUGAGUUAUCGGCCACGCCCCCAAACUCAACCGCACACCUUGCAUGUGAAGCUGGAGAACAUCACUCCGGAGCAAUUCACCCUCAUAGCUGCCAUCGAGGAGGAUUUUUCACCAAUUCUGCAAGCUGCUGUGAAUAAGGAGACCUUCAACUCUCAAUCAACUGUAUCAAGAUAUCAACAGUACCAAACCUCUCUUGCCAAGCUGGAGAGGGAAUUGCGGAGGAACUUGACUGAUUGCUUUGCUGGCACCUUAAAGGCCAACACUGAGAUUAGCGGUCUGAACAAGUACUCCAAUCAGGUUUAUAGUAAGUUCAACUUCCGCAAGAUUUCCGAUGUGAAAAAGUACAUAGAAAUCAAACUGGUUAAGAAACUAAGAGCGCAGCUGCAGACAGUGUUUGGGAUUAAUGUGGACUCUCCCUCAACAUCGCCAUCGGUGGAAACUGUCGGAACAUUCGCACAGCCCAACUUGAUUGUUCCUGUGCAACCUCUAGCUCCAACCUCCACCAACCAAUUGAGGCCGGUAAAUAGUGUUCCUGUACCAACUCUGCCGCCAGCUGGGUACGUAAAUCCCAUCAGAGAACCUUCUACUCCAGUUGCAACUGUUGAGCCAAGCAUUCCUCCUCAAUUGCAGUCGAUUUCUGCCAGCAUUGAGAGCACUUUAACCAAUCAAAUCGACGAAAUAAUAAAAAAUGAGUUGCCCACUUCGUGGUUCCCUUCGCAGGUCUACUCGAAAACUCUGGAGUCGCUCCGGGCGAAUAUUACCAGGGAAUGCCAGAAUCUGCUAGGCGACAGAAGAUACGCCUACUUGAACAUUGGGCAAAAGGACGUGACUGCUUUGGAGCAAUAUAUUGAGUCGCAUGUGUCCAGGACUCUGGUUGAAAAGUUCCAAAAGUCUGGCUACUAUAAGGACUCCUUUAAUUUCCAGAUGGUCCAGACUCAAAACGGCAUUGGAGGCCUGCGCCCUCAAACUACUCCCCGCAAUUUCCUGGAGAGCGAAAUCAACUCCCAGGCGCAGCAGUUUGAGUUUGUGCCUCUGAGCAAAGUGCCAGCAGUUCAGUCUGGAUCGUUGGUCACUUCCACUCAAACCAGCCCAUUUGACCUAUCGACACCAUUACCUCAACCCACUUUGCCCAGUGCUUCCUCCUCUUCACCGGAAGAUUCGCUGGCGGCUGCCAGAAGAAAUUCUGACCAGCUGAUCGAGGCACUGAGAGCCCUAGCAAGGAAGCAGCAGGAGGAAUCCAACACCAACCCAAGCCCUCAAUAUGUGCAAGUGAAACUGGAAAAUAUCACGCCAGGUCAGUUGGAUGUGAUCAAUGGCAUCGAGGGCCAGCUGGAGGAAAUACUCACAGAAGAAGUGGCAAAUGAAUACUCCUCAAGCACAUCAAGCAAUGAUUAUGCCACCAAUUACCGUCUCUAUCAGGCGUCCCAAGCCAAAUUGGAGGCUGAUGUGAAGAAGAAGCUGGCCGAUUGCUUCGAGGGCCGCACCAACCAAGAGCCUCAGCUCGAAGGUUUGAACAAAUACUCAAACCUGAUUCAUCAGAAGUUUGAAUUCCACAAAAUUGCCGAUGUCCAGAAGUACUUGGAGAUCAAGCUUGUUAAGCUGGUGCGAGAAUUGUUGAAAAAUGUCUAUCACAUUGAAGGGGCUACUAGCGACCGUCGAGUGGUCACGCUGGAUAAUAUCACACCUCAGCAGAUGCAGGUGAUAAGGAAAAUUGAGGAAAAUGUGCAAAGACAAGUAGAACAAGCUCUAGAAAGCCGCAUUUUUACUCUCAGGCAGUCCCAGCUCUCCCAGCCGGCCUACAAGCAGUCGUUGGCUGCUCUGCAGCAGGAGAUGGUUGAGCAGGUUUCCCAAAAACUAGAAAAAUACUGCGAGCCGGGUUUCCCCGAGUAUUCCGAACUUAUAUCCACGGGUCUCCAACCGCGCAAAAUUUACGACCUCAAACGCUACUUACAGAUUCGGCUGGACAACUCAGUUCGAUCAAAUAUUGAGAUCUACACUACAAGAGACACUGAAGUGAAUGCUGUAGCUCACACCCACUACUCCAGUAACACAUUUUCUGGCUCCAGCGGCUAUGGAAGCACCUCACAUCAGGAACGGCAGUCUGGAUACGGCGCUCCUGCAACUGCCUCCAACCAAAGAGGAGUUAAAGGUGGCAGGCAAAGCCAUCCACAGCCAGAUGUAGCUGAUGCUGAGUACAUCAGCCCCCAAACUAAUGCGGCCGCGGAAAGUGUUCCGGAAAUUGCGCCAGAAGGUCCAGACGCCACAUCCACCACUCCCGCUCCCGGUUGGUGGGCGCGAUUUGGGAAUAAGGUGAAAAAAAUCGUCGGGAAGUCUUAAACGUGCCAAAGUAGCUUUUAUUUGUUAAAUUAAUUAUUUACAGUGUGCAAUAAAGUGAUGUUUAGUUAAAA